AGAGUAAACGACUUUUAUUGUGAAAGGCCCAGUUAACGCAGAAUGCGACACAGGAAGAUCCGCAUUACGACUGCUGGUGAAGUGUUGCCAUAACAGGCAAGUGGCUAACGCUAAUGUUUGCUAACUAAUUAGCAGAUAGGUGUUGUUGUCGUGUGUGUGAGUGUUCCCGUCUGAACCAUGGAACAGUGUGCAUGUGUUGAGCGGGAGCUGGAGAAAGUGCUCCAUCGCUUUGUAAUGUACGGCCACCAGUCUGAGGAGAGGCUAGACGAGCUCCUGCGCAGCGUCUGUGAGAUACGGGGACAGCUAGUUGCUUUUGGAGUACAAGAUGCAGACCUAUCAGUCCUAUCUCAGACCAUGGCACAGUGUUGUAAGAAUAUCAAAGAAACAGUGCAGAUGCUCGCCUCCCGACAUAAGGACAUCCAUGGCAGUGUGUCGAAAGUGGGCAAAGCCAUCGACAGGAAUUUCGAUGCAGAGAUCAGUGCUGUGGUGGCAGAGACAGUGUGGGACACCCCAGAGAGACAGAAAUACCUGAGUGAGACCAUUGUGGAGCACCUGUACAGACAAGGGAUGCUCAGUGUAGCAGAGGAUCUUUGUCAGGAGUCUGGUGUAGUUAUAGAUAUGAGUAUGAAGCAGCCUUUUCUGGAGCUGAACAGAAUUCUUGAAGCUCUGAGGAUGCAGGACCUCAGGCCGGCACUAGAGUGGGCUGUAACGAAUCGGCAGCGCCUUUUGGACCUGAACAGCAGUCUAGAAUUCAAGUUGCACCGCUUGUACUUUAUCAGCCUGCUCAGUGGGGGAAUCGGCAACCAAAUGGAGGCCCUGCAGUACGCCAGGCACUUCCAGCCCUUCGCCUCUCAGCAUCAGAGAGAUAUUCAGAUUCUGAUGGGCAGUCUUGUGUACCUGCGUCAUGGCAUAGAGAACUCUCCAUACCGCGGCCUGCUGGAGACAAAUCAGUGGGCUGAGAUCUGUAAUAUCUUCACCAGGGAUGCCUGCGCUUUACUGGGCCUCUCUGUAGAGUCUCCGCUCAGUGUUAGUUUUGCAUCGGGCUGUAUGGCCUUGCCAGUGCUGAUGAACAUCAAGCAGGUGAUAGAGCAGAGACAGUGCAGCGGGGUCUGGACGCACAAAGACGAGCUGCCUAUUGAAAUCGACCUCGGGAAGAAGUGCUGGUACCACUCUGUGUUCGCCUGCCCGAUCCUCAGGCAGCAGACCUCGGAGAGCAACCCCCCCAUGAAGCUCAUCUGUGGCCACGUCAUCUCCAGAGAUGCCCUCAACAAACUGACUAAUGCUGGGAAGUUGAAAUGUCCGUACUGCCCCAUGGAGCAGAAUCCGUCACAUGCCAAGCAGAUCUACUUUUGAUACCGCACACUCUCCUCAUGAGUAAGGAUGAAGUUCCCUGGAGCUCUUUGCAUUUCCAGGACCAUUUGCUCUGGCCCUCUUUCCUCUGUCCCUGGCCUUUUGGCCUGUUAUUGUAAGCAUUAAGGUUUUAUCCCAGUGCUCCUCUGGACAGCCUUGGCCAUCCUGUAACCCACCUCGGACCCUCCAACUUUGCGUAGUAUACAGAGUCCAGCGGGGAUGGUCCAACUACAACCUGUAGUAGAGUGAGGAGUCUGUCAGUAAUGAGAACAUCCUCACGAAGAAGCACCUCUGAAAAAGGAUAAUUCAUUGAAACUCAUUUGCAAAUGCCUGCAGAGUUAUAGGCUUAUCUUUUUAAAGUAUGUAAUACUUUAUAGUGUUUGUUUUCUCAGCUUUUUUGACAGUUUGAGUUGGAUGACUGCUUCUUUUUUCUUUUCCUUUUUUUUUGACAGAAGCAGUUGAAUGAUAAUGAAUGGGUGAGUGUGGGUAAAUGGUAUAGAUAGGCAGUUUCUGAUUUCUGGAUGGUAAUAAACUUCUAUUAUACACAAGAAAAACCACAGAGUAACAAACAACUGUGUUGAAGGUUUAUUAUUUGCUGGUGAAGGGAACUGUGGAGGUCUAUCUUGAAUUGAACUCUUGAUUGUGACCCCAUUACUCCUCCAUAAUGUAAUAAAGGCCUCACGUAGCUUGAAAGUCACUGUUGGCUGACGUAUCCGUUUGAUAAGUAGAACAAUUAACUCAUCAAUGGUGGAACAGCUUUUCUUUUUUCUUUUUUUUUUUGUGACUGACUGCACCAGCAAGAUUUCCCUCAUUGUAGAAGCCAUUUGUCUUGUUCUAUGUAUGUAUCUAACAAACAAUGACAAAAAGGAAACAAAAAAUAUAUACUACUGUGAAAUGUGCUUUGUUUCUAUUUUUCAUUGCAACCGCCACAACGGCUCAUGUAAAAUAGUAAAUUAAACUGAACAGCAAAAUGCAUAAUCAACACUACUGCGCAAACUUUCAGAACUAACGACUCGGCGGUUCUCGUCACGGUUGUGCCAUCGCCUCACUCUGCCCCCUGCAUUGUGUAUCCUAAUGCUUGCACGCCAUGUGAUUUGGAGAUGUAAAGUGGUGUGAUGGUAGCCGUAUGGUCUGACUUGCAGUGGCUGUAGGCUUGUGAUUCAGCUUUACUCGUCGUGGGUGGGGAAGUCCUCUGAUCAUUGUGGCUGUUGUUUAAUAUAUACCUAGAAAAAAAAAAAAAGCCUCUGCAUAGGUUUUGCUUUUAUUUGAGAUCGAGUCAGAAUAGAUAUCCAUACAUUUCCUCAGGGCUCAUUAUAACAAUUCAUACCACACUUCCCAGUUAGUAUUAAAGGUGUACAUUUAUAUAAGGAACAAAGAUUACACAUAUUUCCGCUAUUGAGGCUGAUAGUUUGGGUGUUGUUGGAGUUUGUAUAUAUUAUUCAGCUGGUGAUUCAACUUGGGGAAAGCGUGUCACCGAGUACCGAGGCAUUUGGAUGUACCAUAAAAUAUGUUUAGAUGAUCAAUACUAAUAGUGCAAGUUCCUGGUGUCCUCUUGAAAAUGUGAUGUCACCUCACACUCUAGUGAGGCUAAUUUGUUCAGCAAGCCCUGCACCAGCAAAGCUAACACUGACAAUGCAACAUUACACUCAGUUUUAAGUCAGAGUAUAACAUAAACAUUUUUAUCUUGGUUUCACUUGGAAUGGGUUAAAGCACAUAUUUUGUGUGGACUUUCACUGAAUUUCCUGUUUUUUUUCUUUCUUUGGUUGACAAUCAUUCAUUGCUUCUCCGAGUGUUCCACCAGAUAGACUGCUAGCGCUCCGUACCUUUGUCAUAUUAAUUUUGUUGAAUGUUUGCAUUUCCUGCUUUUGUGUGUGCAACUUUUAUUGUAAAUAUUUAUCCUCUAACAUGUUUCAUAUACUUGCAUCUGAAAUUAAAAUAAAAAUUUAUACUCCA